CAUGGGGUGUCUAUGAAAACUCGCGCUUCAGAGUCUGAUAGAUUAUCGUACCAUCUUAAUUCAAUUCUGCUUAAUUUCUUUGUCCUGAAAAAAUGUCGUGCUGCGGAGGAAACUGUGGUUGCGGAUCUGCCUGCAAGUGCGGCAGCGGAUGUGGAGGAUGCAAGAUGUACCCUGACAUGGGCUACACAGAGAAGACCACCACCGAGACCCUUGUUCUUGGUGUUGCUACCCAGAAGGCACACUUUGAAGGAGCUGAGAUGGGCGUGGGGGCCGAGAAUGGCUGCAAGUGCGGAUCGAACUGCACCUGUGACCCAUGCACUUGUAAAUGAGAGAGAGAUCCUGGCCUUUGAAGCAGAGACGGCCUUUGACUUAGCAUGUAAUAGAUAUAUAUAUGUGUGUGGGUUGUUUCGUGUUAUAAGGUGUUUUUUAGAAACUCCUUUUGAAAUUAGUCUAAUAAAGUAGCCAUGGAUCUGUCUUUCUGCAAAUCUUACUAGUCUAAGGUUUGCCAUGGGUUACUCCAAACCAUGGCUACUUGGGUGUUUUAUGUAUGAUGUCAGUCUCUGCUGUGAUGCGGUUAAAUGGAAACUCCUUUCUUCUCUUUGA